CACCCUCAGUAGAUGACUUCUUUCUCAACCUUAAUUUCUAAGUUCAAAGGAGUCACUAGACCAAGUCAUUGCCGGUGCAUGGUAGAGGUCUUCCGGUCUCUUUUUUUCGUGUGGUUUCCCGGUUGUUGCCGUUGGUGCUCCAGGACCUUGGAGAGCUAGUUGAGAAGUGCAUGGAUAAGAAAUGGACGUUCCAGUGACAGUUUUAAGGGAGGGGUAAGAAAUGUACCUUUGUACAGAACACAUCUUUCAGGUACAUGGACUCCGUUUAAUCCUGUGACCGUCAGGUCAAUCAUAUCUAUGUUUGACCGAGAGAACAAGGCUGGUGUGAACUUCAGUGAGUUCACUGGCGUCUGGAAGUACAUCACAGACUGGCAGAAUGUCUUCCGCACCUAUGACAGGGACAAUUCUGGAAUGAUUGACAAAAAUGAGCUCAAGCAAGCACUCUCAGGUUUUGGGUACCGGCUCUCUGACCAGUUUCACGACAUUCUUAUUCGAAAGUUCGAUAGACAGGGCAGAGGGCAGAUCGCCUUCGAUGACUUCAUUCAGGGCUGCAUCGUCUUGCAGAGGCUGACAGACAUAUUCAGGCGCUAUGAUACGGACCAGGAUGGCUGGAUCCAGGUGUCCUACGAGCAGUACCUUUCCAUGGUGUUCAGCAUCGUAUAGCAGCAGCCGGUGCGGACAGCAGAGGGACUCACGGAAGAAGGACUGGAAAUGCCAAACCUCUUCUCCUGUCACUAAUGAAAAAGAACACGGAUGCAGUGCGAAGCUGUUCUUCCUUUAAACUUUAUAUAAUUAACUUAGGGACCUGUCUGUAUAUAUGUGGAUAAGCUGACCAGUGGUUUUGCACUCUUAACAAUAGCUGUAUCAUUAUUCAGAUACAAACAUUGAUUUGGUGACUAAUUGUGCCACGAGGUAAAUGUAAUAAUGUUUCCAAUACUUUGCAGAACACAAUGCAUCAUGUGCUUUUCUGAUAUCUCCAGUUCUAUAGUGGAAAUACUUUUAUUAGCCAAUAGGAAUUUUAAAUGAUACAGAAUUUGAACAUAAGGCUUUUCACGUGCCUUCCUUUUCUAAAAAAGGAGUUUAUUGUAUUCAUUUGAAUAUGCAAUGUAAGCAGUCAAGUAAAUGGCAGAUUCCUGGUUUACAACUUUUCAAAUUAAAAAAGUUGGAAAAAUG